UGAUCCUCAAGUGGAAUAGGUGCCGCUGUUGCUGCUUGUGUUGAGUCCAGAGCCGCAGCCGGACAUGGGGCUAGAGGACGAGCAAAGGAUGCUGACUGGGUCCGGAGAUCCCAAGGAGGAGGAAAAAGAGGAAGAGGAAUUAGUGGAUCCUCUAACAACAGUGAGAGAGCAAUGCGAUCAGCUGGAGAAAUGUGUGAAGGCUCGGGAGCGGCUGGAGCUCUGUGACGAGCGUGUAUCCUCCCGGUCACAGACAGAGGAGGACUGCACAGAGGAGCUCUUUGACUUCUUGCAUGCAAGGGACCACUGUGUGGCCCACAAACUGUUUAACAGCUUGAAAUAAGUGUGCCGAUUUGUUCAACCCAGCCUUCCUCACCUGGGUAUUGGGAUAUUUCCUCAUGGUUUUGAACAUGAUGUUUAUUUGUGUAACUGAGUUCACGUGAAUCUCAAGGAUUUUGGCUUAGGCAAGUAAUUUCUGUGUAAUUAUCAGUGAUUUCAUCUUAAUAAAGUCCAGUGAUCAGAAAAAAAAAA